UCCGUCCGUCCGUCGGGGGUCCCGCUGUCCCGGGGGGGGAGAGAGGGAUGUGCGGGAAGGUCCCCAAGUGUCCCCAAGUCCCCGCGAGUGCCAAGUGCCCGUGUCCCCGUGUCCCCGCGCCUCCUGGCAUCGCCCGUCCCCGCCGCUCGGCCCGCGGGUGCCAGGCGGCAGCGCCAGUCCCCGCGGGCACAAAGACAUCGCUGUGCGGCCGGGACAGAGCCGGGGGGAGCGGGGACACAGGUGGGGUGUGGGGGGCCGAGGAUGGAGAAGGGGAGCACGGACAGAGCUGGGGACAGGGAUGGAGAAGGGUGCGGAACACCAAGGGGAGGUGCAAGGAUUGAAGAAAGAGUGCAGGGAUGGAGGAGGGGUGCAGGAGAUGGAGAAGGGAGAGGUGGGGUGCAGUGUCUGAAGAAGGGGUGCGGGGUCCGGAGAAGAGGUGCAGGGCUCUUGGGAGGGUCUGGGGUCGGUGCCCAGCUGGGUGUGGGGGUCCCCGGGCUGGCAAACCUCGCUGCCCAGGGAUGCUGAGCGGGGCUGGGCAUGGGGAGGGGGUUUGGGGUUUCCUCCCGGCGCUGGAAGCCCAGCCCAGGAAAUUCUUCCGGGCAGCCUCUCAAGCCCCUCUUUGUGCUCUUGGGAUUUUUAACAUUCCCGGCGGCUGCGGAUGGGGUGCCCGGUGCCGGACGGGGUGCCCGGUUCCAGAUGGGCUGCCCAGCUUUCCCAGGCUGUGCCGGGAUGGAUGGGAUGGGAUCUGGUGUGGAUUUAGGGGAUGCGGCUGCCCAUUCCCACCCAUCCCAUCAGAGCCAAGUGCUGCGCCGCUCACUGGGGUGCCACGGGGACCCUGUGCCACCCCUGGGGGAUCCUCAGCGUCCUUUACCGGCGUGGAUUCGCCGUGGGAUGAAGGGCUGGCGCUGCUGGUCCGUGCUGGGUGUCGGAGCCUGCUGUGCUCCUGGGAACGACCUUGGCUGUUUCAGCUGCACCGCCGGGUGCCUGGGACCCCCUGUCCCCGGGGGAGGAACCCGCCAGCCUUGGGGGACAAGAGGAAGCGGCGGUGGCUGCUGACACCCUGCGAGGACCUGGGUCCCCUCCCCGGAAGGAAAGCGCUGCCGGCGCUGGGGACCCUCAGGGUGCAGCGGGGACAGGGAGGCCCUUCUUGGGUGGUCUGUGGGUCCCCUCUGCCCCGACCCCUCGGCGCCCGGGAUCGCUGACACCUCGCUCCUGCCCUCCAGAGCCGCCGCUGCCAUGCCGGUGACGGUAACACUGCCCGGCCCGGCCCCGUGGGGCUUCCGCAUCUCCGGGGGAAGAGAUUUCGGGAAGCCCAUCACCGUCUCCAAGGUGACGGAGCACGGGAAGGCGGCCACGGGUGACCUCCGGCCUGGGGAUGUCAUUGUCACCAUCAAUGGGGAGAGCACGGCCGAGAUGCUCAACGUGGAGGCACAGAACAAGAUCAAGCAGAGCCCCGGGCAGCUGCGGCUGGAGGUGGAGAGGUCCCUGGUGCCAUCUCCCAGCCACACCAACGGGGACACCUCCCCUGAGAGGUUGGCCACGCGCUUCCAGGACACGCUGCGGAUGCAGAGUGAGAGCCAAGGUACCCUGAGAACCCUCGACCCCAGCCUGGCAUCCCUCGCCCACCCACGGGGCAGUGCCAGCUCACAACCCUUGGAGCAGGAGUUCACCUGUCCCGGCCUCCGCCAGGAGCGAGGACGCCUGAGCCGCCAGAACAGCUCCCAGGGACCCGUCCUGCCUCUGCCUCCCUGGCCACCCUCAGCGGAGCUCGGAGCUCCCCAAAACCCCUGGGAAAGCCUCAGGGAGAGGCGCCUCUCCUCCCCCUCUCCCAACACCUGCCACAGCCAGGGCUCGGAGCCGGCCAUGAGGCGCUUGGAGGAGGACUCGGAGGUCUACAAGAUGUUGCAGGAGAACCGGGAGCUGCGGGCAGCCCCGCGGCAAUCCAGCACCUUCCGCCUGCUCCAGGAGGCUCUGGAGGACGAGGAAGGAGGAGGUCCCGCGGCCCCCUUUCCCAGCCGGCUUUCGGCCGCUGCCCGCAAACCCGUGGCCGGGGUGCAGAAGCUGCACGUCUGUGAGAAAUGCGGGAGCAGCAUCGCGACACAGGCGGUAAGGAUCCAGGACGGCCGCUACCGGCACCCGUCCUGCUACACCUGCGCCGACUGCGGCCUCAGCCUGAAGAUGCGCGGCCACUUCUGGGUGGGGGACGAGCUGUUCUGCGAGAAACACGCCCGCCUGCGCUACCAGGGACCCCCGGGGGGACCCGUCCCCCGCCCUGUGUCCCCCCGCUCCUGAGCCCCGGCACCGUGUGAUGGGGUCACCGCCAGCAUCCCCCGGGGCUGUCCCACCCCUCUGCGGUAGGGCUGGGCUGAGGGCACUCCCAGCUGGGAAUGGAUGGCAUUCGGGGGGAGGAUGCGAUGCAGCCGCCCAUCUUCACCCCUUUGUGGGUGUGUGUGGGGAGCUGGGGGGUUCUCAGCCCGGGAGACAC